AUGGCUAACAAUCAAGCUUCUGUUUUGGUUAACAAAGUGAAGCCGCACAAGGAUUCUUGGAAAGUGCACGUCAAGGUUUCAGCUUCUGGUGGUAAAUAUCGCCCGACUCCGCUAUCUUACAAAAUAACUUUCACGAGUGACACACUCAUAGGGAGGUCAGUGUUUGAGGAUGAUGAUCCUUAUCUUAAUUUUGUGAGUUAUGAAGAUAUUGGUGGGCAAGGUUCAGAUGCAAAUGUCCUCAUCGAUAUCAUUGGUGAAGUUUUCAAUCUUGACGGAAUACAAAUCGUGCAAGUUCAUGGGAAAGACCGAAAGAGAGUUCACUUUCGUUUACGUGACACCAAUGGUCAUGAUGUGAGGUGUUGCUUGUGGGGGAAAUAUGCAGAACAAUUUGAACCCUUUAUUGAAGAUAACAAUGUUGAAACCCUACUCUGCUUGAUUAGGUUUGCUAAAAUCAGCUUCUACCAAGGUGAUAUACAAAUCACAAAUGCAUUUGAUGCUUCACUUGUAAUCCUCAACCCAACCAUGAAAGAAGCCAUCGAGUUUAGAGAAAAACUGUUGCAAGUGAAUCGUCCUCUUGCUAUUAUGGGUACAAAGAGUGACAAUCAAGUUCAGAGUUGCAAAAUAAUAUGUUCAAUUGAAUCUGUCGAUACAGAUUGGGGUUGGUUCUACUUUGGAUGUUGUGGCUGCAAUAAACGUGUCUCUAGGAUUCGUAGGAAUGAGUUGGCUCAAAACGAGAAACCAUUAUGGUAUUGCGAGAAAUGUCACUCAAAUGUCACAAAGGUUGAACCGAAGUACAAGCUGCAUUUGAAUGUGAAAGAUGACAGUGGUUCAUGCAAAUUGAUGAUGCUUGACACUAUAACCAGUGCCAUUGUUGGUUGUGAGGCUGUUCAAAUUUGGGAUGGUUCAUAUGAUGAGAUUGAAGAUCCUGAAGUAAUCCCCAUGCCCCUCGAGAGUUUAGUUGGAAAGUCUUUUUCUUUUGGUAUUUCAAUAACCUCUGGAAAUCUAGAUAAUGGAUCCAACACUUUCUAUGUUUCUGAAGUAUCGACUGGUAAUGAUCUUCCUAAACUCGAGACUCAAUCUGAACCUGUUUCGGCUUUAGACACUAAUUCAAGCACUCUGCCCAGUGGAGAGGUUCUGAUGCUCAAGCCAAAUUCUGCGAGUUCAUCUGAAGGAUUUACAACACCAACUGUCAAGCGUAAGGAAGAAGAUGCUGAGCUGAAAGACAUUACCUCUACCUCUAAGAAGUUGUGCACGAAGCCAGUGAAGUUGGAGAAGACUAAGGAUGACACUAAGUGA